AUGGGCAUGGUACGCAUGUGGCAGGCAUCAUUGCAGGCAAGAAUGGCUGGCAAGUUUACUGGUGUAGCACCUGAGGCGACCCUUCUUGCGUUCAAGGUCUUCACCACAGCGGGGAUUACUGAUGAAGACACUCUGAUUGAGUCCUUUCUAUACGCAUACAAUGCAGGGUAUAUAUUCCUAUACGUACCGGAAGUUCCGGACAAUGACGGUGUUUACAUCGGAGAUUAUACGUCAUUCUGGGCCACUUUGCAGACACUGCCGGCCGAGGCUAUUGUCUCAACUGUACUGAAUGGAGGAUCUGUUACUGCCUCCAUCCCGGAUAUUGCUGAAUUUGUUGGUAUCUUCAACAAUCAAGCCUACACGCCAAGUUACUUUACCAGUUUCGGCGGCACGUAUGAUCUCAAUUUAAAACCAGACAUUGCCGCUCCAGGAAGCAAUAUUCUCAGUCUGUACUUGAAUGGAGGCUACGCAAGCAUGAGUGGUACAUCUAUGGCAUGCCCAUACAUUGCUGGAGUCGCCGCCUUGUACAUUGGAGAAUUUGGAGGUCGGGCGAUCCAUGGACCGAGCAUCGCCGGCAAGGUGCAUGCACGCAUUCUGUCAUCCGGAGAGCCUCUAAUUUGGGGCUCAGCUCUCGGUAUCACCGAUAAAAGGGCAUCAGCGACACAGAUUGGCAACGGUCUUGUCAAUGCGACAAAGGUCUUGGGCUUUGAUACCCAGUUGAGCUAUUCCAAGUUUGUACUCAACGAUACUCAUCACUACUCACGAUACCACAGGGUAGACAUCACAAACAAUGCUAAAGGUGAAGUGGUGUACACUUUCGAAGUAUUGCCAGACGGUGGCUACAACUCCUUCACUGCCCCAGAUGCAAGUGGAUUUGAAGCUGUUGGACAAUACUUCGAUGUGAUGCAGAACCCCAUAGAUAUCAUUCCCCAGGUGAAGUUACCGAGCGGCACUUACAAGCUUCAGCCUGGUCAAACUAAGACAGGAGUGAGUUAUCAGCAGAGCUAUAUGUAA